AUGUUGCAGGCACUGUGCAGCCUGCUCCGAAGAGAUGCCUCCAUCAACUUCAAGGCCAAGGGGAACAGCCUGGUGUCUGUCUUGGCCUGCAACCUCCUCAUGGCAGCGUACGAAGAGGACGAGAACUGGCCCGAGAUCUUUGUCAAGGUUUACAUCGAGGACUCCCUCGGGGAACGCAUCUGGGUGGACAGCCCUCACUGCAAGACGUUUGUGGAUAACAUCCAAACAGCUUUUAAUACAAAGAUGCCUCCUAAGAACAUGCUCUUGCAUGGAGAAGUUGGGCGGAGUGGAGGGGACCUUAGUGCUGGGAGUAGCCCACACCCUUCCAUGACAGAGGAGGAGGACAGCCAGAGCGAGCUGCUGAUUGCAGAGGAGAAGAUGAGCCCGGAGCAGGAGGGCCAGCUCAUGCCCAGGUAUGAGGACCUUGCAGAGAGUGUGGAGGAGUAUGUCCUCGACAUGCUGCGGGACCAGCUGAACCGGCGCCAGCCCAUGGACAACGUCUCCAGGAACCUGCUCCGGCUGCUGACCGCCACCUGCGGCUACAAGGAGGUGCGGCAGAUGGCCGUGCAGAGGCUGGAGAUGUGGCUGCAGAAUCCAAAGCUGACCAAGCCGGCGCAGGACUUGCUGAUGUCAGUCUGUAUGAACUGCAACACCCACAGCUCAGAGGACAUGGAAGUCAUCUCCAACCUGAUCAAAAUUCGUCUGAAGCCAAAAGUCCUUCUCAACCAUUACAUGCUGUGUGUCAGAGAGCUGCUGAAUGCACACAGGGAUAACCUGGGCACCACAAUUAAGUUUGUGAUUUUCAACGAACUGUCAAAUGCCAGAAACCCCAACAACAUGCAGAUCCUGUAUACUGUGCUUCAGCAUAGCUCAGAGCAAGCUCCCAAGUACCUAGCAAUGGUGUUCCAGGAUCUUCUGACGACCAAGGACGAUUACCUGCGGGCGUCGCGGGCUCUGCUGCGGGAGAUCAUCAAACAGACGAAACACGAGAUCAACUUCCAGGCCUUCUGCCUGGGCCUUAUGCAGGAAAGGAAGGAGGCCCAGUAUGCAGAGAUGGAAUUCAAGGAGCGGUUUGUCAUCCACAUAACUGAUCUGCUGGCUGUCUCCAUGAUGCUUGGUAUUACAGCCCAGGUGAAGGAGGCUGGAAUUGCUUGGGACAAAGGAGAGAAGAAGAACCUGGAAGUGCUGCGCUCCUUCCAGAACCAGAUUGCGGCUAUCCAGCGAGACGCUGUCUGGUGGCUUCACACGGUCGUUCCAUCCAUCAGCAAGCUGGCUCCAAAGGACUAUGUGCACUGCCUCCACAAGGUGCUCUUCACAGAACAGCCUGAAACCUACUACAAAUGGGACAACUGGCCCCCUGAGAGUGACCGCAACUUCUUCCUGCGGCUCUGCUCCGAGGUGCCCAUCCUGGAGGACACGCUGAUGCGCAUCCUGGUCAUCGGUUUGUCGCGGGACCUUCCCCUGGGCCCAGCUGAUGCCAUGGAGCUCGCUGACCACCUGGUGAAGCGGGCGGCGGCCGUGCAGGCGGACGAUGUCGAGGUCCUGAGGGUAGAAAGAAUCCAGCUGAUCGAUGCAGUCUUAAAUCUGUGCACUUACCACCAUCCAGAGAAUAUCCAGCUACCCCCAGGGUACCAGCCUCCAAAUCUAGCUAUUUCUACCCUCUAUUGGAAAGCUUGGCCUCUCCUGCUUGUAGUGGCUGCGUUCAAUCCUGAAAACAUUGGUCUGGCUGCAUGGGAGGAGUACCCCUCUCUAAAGAUGCUCAUGGAAAUGGUCAUGACCAAUAAUUAUUCUUAUCCUCAAUGUACCUUGACGGAUGAGGAGACACGCACAGAGAUGAUUAAUCGUGAACUCCAAAUCUCCCAGAGAGAAAAACAGGAGAUUCUUGCUUUUGAGGGUCAUCUGGCUGCUGCAUCCACAAAACAAACAAUUACAGAGAGCAGCAGCCUCUUGCUGUCCCAACUGACAAGCCUGGACCCUCAGGGCCCCCCACGCAGACCUCCACCACAUGUCCUGGAGCAGGUGAAGAGCCUGAAUCAGUCGCUUCGCUUGGGCCACCUCCUGUGCCGCAGUCGUCACCCUGACUUUCUUCUCAACAUCAUUCAAAGACAGGCCUCAUCGCAGUCAAUGCCGUGGCUGGCAGAUCUGGUUCAGUCCAGCGAGGGCUCCUUGGAUGUCCUACCUGUGCAGUGCCUCUGUGAGUUCCUGCUUCAUGAUGCUGCUGAUGAGUCGACCUCUGGUGAAGAGGAGGAGGAGGGUGAGAGUAAGGAGCAGCGUGCCAAGAAGCGCCAGAGACAGCAGAAACAAAGGCAGCUGCUUGGUCGGUUGCAAGACUUGCUGUUGGGCCCCAAAGCAGAUGAACAGACAACCUGUGAGGUGCUCGACUAUUUCCUACGGCGCCUCAGUUCCUCCCAGGUGGCCUCACGAGUCCUGGCUAUGAAGGGCCUGUCCUUGGUGCUGUCAGAAGGGGGACUGCGUGAUGGAGAGGAGAAAGAUCACCCCAUGGAGGAAGACUCUGGUGAUUCUGAACUGCUGCAGGGGUAUCAGUGGCUGCUGAGAGACCUCCCGAGGCUGCCCCUGUUUGACAGUGUUAGAGCAACGACAGCUCUUGCCUUGCAACAGGCCAUCCACAUGGAGACAGAUCCCCAGACCAUCAGUGCUUACCUGGUGUACCUCUCCCAGCACGCCCCAGUGGAGGAGCAGGGGCAGCACAAUGACCUUGCUCUGGAUGUAGCCCGGCUGAUCGUGGAGCGCUCGACCAUCAUGUCUCACCUCUUCUCCAAGCUCUCCUACUGUGCUGAGUCAGAUGCAGUGCUUGUGGCUCUUCUCUCCAUCUUCUCUCGCUACAUCAAGCGCAUGCGCCAGAGCAAGGAGGGGGAGGAGGUGUACAGCUGGUCAGAGUCCCAGGAUCAGGUGUUCCUUCGCUGGACCACUGGGGAAACAGCCACUAUGCACAUCCUUGUGGUUCAUGCCAUGGUCAUUCUCCUGACACUGGGGCCACCUCAAGGGGAUGGUGACUUCUAUACCUUGCUGGAUAUAUGGUUCCCGGAGAAAAAGCCCCUUCCUACUGCUUUCCUGGUGGACACCUCAGAGGAGGCUCUGCUGCUCCCCGACUGGCUCAAGCUGCGCAUGAUCCGCUCCGAGGUCCCGCGGCUUGUGGAUGCAGCCCUGCAGGACCUGGAGCCACAGCAGCUGCUUCUCUUUGUUCAGUCCUUUGGAAUUCCAGUUUCCAGCAUGAGCAAACUUCUGCAGUACCUGGAUCAGGCAGUAUCUCAUGACCCGCAGACACUGGAGCAGAACAUCAUGGACAAGAACUACAUGGCUCACCUUGUGGAGGUUCAGCAUGAGAGAGGAGCGACAGGAGGCCAGACUUUCCACUCCCUGCUCACUGCCUCCUUACCAGCCCGCCGAGACAGCGCUGAGGCUGCAAGGUCAAAGUCCAGUCCUGAGAGCUCUCAAGGCCAGAGCAGGAUCCGGGCCUUAAGCCAGGUCCGGGUUCUGGGCCCAGAUGAUGAUCUGGCAGGCAUCUUACUGCAG